GGUCUGUGUGUCCCGUCAGCUCUGGUUGACAGUGGAAGAUUCCACCUCCGCCCAAAACACAGAGACACAGACUACAACACGUUUGUUUCACAACAGUCGGCCGCGCUUGUGUGUAACUCACACACACACACACACACACACCGCCGUUUCAGAGGAAGAGAAAGCGAAAAGUAAAUAUUAGGUUUCAUCUGAUUCUUGAGCUAAUAGCGCGCGCACCAGACCCUAACAUCAGCUGACACACGAUGUCUUCUAAUGGAGUCAUCGUUUUCUUUGACCUGGAGACAACGGGACUAAAUACUCAUAUGUGUGACAUCAUCCAGCUGUCUGCUGUCUGUGGGGAUCAGGUGUUCAACGUCUACGUCCUCCCUGACAGCGAGAUCAGUGUGGGAGCCUCAAAGAUCACAGGCUUCACAGUCACUGAUGACAACCUGUUUUGCCGCGGGAUUCCUUUGGUCACCACCCCCCUUGUCGAGGCGCUCACCUCCUUCAUAGAGUUCCUCCGCUCCUUCCACUGUCCUGUGCUGCUGGCGGCCCACAACGCAAAAUGGUUUGACGUACCCGUGCUCACCAGAGUGCUAACGAAGUGCUCACUCUUGCAGGAGUUCAAGGGGGUGGUGCCUGAGUAUGUGGAUACAUUAGUGCUGAGCAGGAGUCUCUAUCCGGAGCUGGGCUAUUACAACCAAACACAUUUGGUCAGGUUCUUCUUAGGAAAGAACUACAAUAGCCACAAUGCAGUGGAGGAUGCAAAGGCGUUGGAGGAGCUGUUUGAGUCGUGGAGUCCUUCAAAAUUGAUCAUCUCAAAUAAUAUUUGUCUAUUUUAAAACAAACGAAAACAUUGGAUGUAUUCAUACUGUAAUAUCAUGAUGAUGUUAUGCUCCAGUUAAUCGUGACACAAUGGUAAACCCAUUAAACUCCUGUUUGAUCUUUCCAGAAAA